AUGCCGCCUAAGCUGACCUCCAAGAAUAUCUUCGAUGUCGUCUUUGAUCAGCUCCCGGCAGAUGCGUUCAUCGACACUGGGCCGGCCUCUCUAAAGGAGGAACUCAUACUCGAGGCCUCGGGCAUGCUCGGUAGCAGCGGUAAAGGCCCAGGAAAUCAGCGUAGCGCCCAGCGAGGCGGUUCCAACGUCGUCAGCAGUGGCAGUGAUGGAGGUGGGACAACAAGCUAUCGACGGAACCUUCUCCCUUCAGCGUUUGUGGCCGCGACGGCGGCUGUCGUGCGGUCAAAGGCCCGUUCGGUGCCCGCUGUGCCAGAGGAUUCCCCCGCUGCUGCUGUAGAACAGCGGAAAGACUUGCAGGACUCCGACGUUUUGGAUGCCGAGGAGCUUGAGGGCAGCACUGCAUCGCCGCUGUCGGCACAAGCGCCUCCGCCGGACUACGCUGCGGCAUCUGCGUCCUCCACGGUGGUCUCCUCUGAAAGCGUCUUUCGCAGAGUCGACGAUGAGGUGGCCGACCUACGCGCUGAUCGAUUUGCGGUGAGGCGUCGCGGCGGCCUCGACGCGCCAAAGCGCUGCGAUGGCGGCCGUAAUGCCACGGCGACAGAAGGGGGCCUUGACAUGCAGAUGGACACCGAGGACGAAGCGGUGAGGGAGGCCACCAAGUAUGCUGGCUAUGUGGCAGAAAUGCAGGCAGCCAGGGAGGCCAGCGCUGAACAACAGCUGCUAUGCUCUUGGCAGCCUAUCGGCGGCGGGGGGCCUUUGGUUACGCUUGAUGCUCGUCUUGCAUCGAGCAAGGCGAGUGCCGGAAUCGGACCCAGCUUCAGCGCAGUCGGCAGUGGCACAGAACUGUCGGUUAGCUGUGACGCUGCUGCGGAAGGGGUCGCUGCGCCGAAAGCGACGGGUGCUACCAGGGAGUCGUCACUGGCGACCCCAACUGCUGAGCUGGUGGCCGUCGGCGUGUCGUCAGCCGCCGUCUCCGGAGCAGCGAGUGCGCGCGCCGAAGGGCAAAUCGGCGACCGCACGCUUCUCUCUUACACGUCAGGCGGAUCUCAGACGGGCAGCGCAGUGCGGACAGGUGUUAGUGGUUGCCAGUCAGCAUCAACAGCCGGAGGCCCACUUCUUCAGCAACCCUUCGGCUUUGCUGGCGCUCCACAGAAAGGUGGCACUUUCACGGCAGCCGAGCAGCUUAUCCUCAUGCCUCCAGGUCUGGAUCGCGUGUACACCGGCACUUGCGUCAUGUAUCGACACCCAAAGAAUUUCGGCUUCAUCUCGCCAGACUUGGGCGGGCCGGAUGUGUUCUUCAUCACCGACAGCAUCGCCCUCUCCUUUACGAGACUGGCACUUCGGGCCUUCUACCUGCGCAAUGGCUUGCCGGUGCCGCCGCUUGUUGCCGCUGCGUAUCGUGUGGGCCCGGCAAAAGCGAAUUCAAUCGCGUCUGGUGAAGAUGGGGCGCCGACCAAUGGCACGACGACAUCUGUGGUGAACGCUGGAACAGCUGCCGACGCGAACGGCUCGGUGCCGGCUCCGGUAUCGUCGGUGUCCCCUGGACUCACCGGAAUGGCUGGAGGUAUAUCAGCUGCUGGAGAUGGGCAGACAAGGGUGACCGGCACUGCGCUUGGUGAGGAAGGCGUUCUCGGGUCUACCCCUGUUUUGGCAACUCGGGCGGGCGACACUGGCGACCGCGUACUCAUUCCGCCAACCACCGAGGAGGAGUUGGCGUGGGCGGAGGCGGCUGCUUCGCUGCUCACCAGUGCCACCGCACAGCUUCUCCAGCACCAAGUCAAUCAAGGCAUCGGCGGCGGCCUUCGGGUCGGGGAUCGCCUGAGCUUUGUCGUUAGCCGCAACCACGCCGCGCGUGGCGGGAAUGGCCGCCUGCUGCGUGCUGAGUUUCUCCGUGGUGUGCCGGCAGCGCAGCUGGCGAUUGCCGUGGAGCAAAGUUGGUUUCAUCCGCUGUUCCCUGGCGCAGUUGGGCGAAAGACGAGCACACCUUACCGCGCUUCCCUAAGACCACCGCCCCCCCCUCCCUCGUCGUCCACCGCUGGGGGCGGGGGAGCCGGCGAUGAGGCAGGCAUGUCAGCAACCGCCUAUCCUCUUGCCCCCUUCACCUCUGCCACCUCGACGCUCACCCGCUACACCGGAUGUGUUCGCACAUAUGACGCGGAGGAGCAGCGCGGCUACAUCCGGUGCGACGAGCUGAGUGGCAGCGGUGGCGGUAACACGCCUGAUGUCAUCUUCUACCCGCACUCCGUGCUCUGGGACUUGACGCGCUGCCCGCCGUUGAAGCGACAGGUGAAAGAGUGUAUGCGGCUGGCCUACAGUGUGUGUGGGACGGAGCGCAACGGCAAGUACAUCGCCACCCUCAUCACUACCCCCAGCGGCGCGCCUUUCUGCGAGGACAACAUGACGUUCGCCGAGAACGUGUUGCCGUUUUUCGCGGCUGAGACGGGCGGCGCGGGUUGGCGGCGUGGGCGUGGCGAGGAUGGCAACAGCGUUGGCGGCGGCCGCUCCGCAAUGGGCAUGGACAGCGGCGCCGGCACAAGUGCCGAGGGUAUCGCCGGUGACCGCAAGCGUGUUAAGGCAGCCGAGGACGACAUGCUGCUCCUCUACGCCGAGGACGACUACCCGUACAUGUAA